GGGCGGGGCGGCUGAGGAGCCGCAGUCUCGCGCCGCGGUCGCGAGCGUGUGAGGGCCUGUGUGCUGUGUUUCGCGGAGAUAGAAAGCCGUAUCCGCAGUAGUAGAAGCAGGAGCCACACUGUGAGGGAACCAUGAAGCAUUAUGAGGUGGAGAUUCUAGAUGCAAAGACGAGGGAGAAGCUGUGUUUCCUGGACAAGGUGGAGCCCCAGGCCACCAUUGCAGAGAUUAAGAACCUCUUCACCAAGACUCAUCCACAGUGGUACCCCGCCCGCCAGUCCCUCCGCCUGGACCCCAAGGGCAAGUCCCUGAAGGACGAGGAUGUGCUACAGAAGUUGCCUGUGGGUACCACAGCCACGCUCUACUUCCGGGACCUGGGGGCCCAGAUCAGCUGGGUGACGGUCUUCCUGACCGAGUAUGCUGGGCCCCUUUUCAUCUACCUGCUCUUCUACUUCCGGGUGCCCUUCAUCUAUGGCCACAAAUAUGACUUCACGUCCAGUCGGCACACAGUGGUGCACCUCGCCUGCACCUGCCACUCUCUGCACUAUGUCAAGCGCCUGCUGGAGACGCUGUUCGUGCACCGCUUCUCCCACGGCACCAUGCCCCUGCGCAAUAUCUUCAAGAACUGCACCUACUACUGGGGCUUCGCAGCGUGGAUGGCCUAUUACAUCAACCACCCUCUCUACACGCCCCCCACCUAUGGAGCUCAGCAGGUUAAACUGGCGCUGGCCAUCUUUGUGAUCUGCCAGCUUGGUAACUUCUCCAUCCAUAUGGCUCUGCGGGACCUGCGGCCAGCUGGGUCCAAGACCAGGAAGAUCCCGUACCCUACCAAGAACCCCUUCACGUGGCUCUUCUUGCUGGUGUCCUGUCCCAACUAUACCUACGAGGUGGGGUCCUGGAUUGGCUUUGCCAUCAUGACACAGUGUCUCCCAGUGGCCCUCUUUUCCUUGGUGGGCUUUACUCAGAUGACCAUCUGGGCCAAGGGCAAGCACCGCAGCUACCUAAAGGAGUUCCGCGACUACCCACCCCUGCGCAUGCCCAUCAUCCCCUUCUUGCUCUGAGCCACUUCCCCUUCACCCGGGCUCAGUCAGGCCGGGCUCUCAUCCCCACCCCAGUAUCAUUCUGGGGUGGCUGCAGCUCUGCAUCUGGAAUAAAACCUGUCUGCCCCAGCUGGA